AUGUCGUUCGAUAGACCAGAGGUUUAUAGUGCGCCUGUGCUACAAGGUGAAUCGACUAAUGAUGAUGACAACACUGAAAUUAUCAAGUCGUUCAAGAAUUUCAUUUUGGAGUUUAGACUCGACUCGCAUUUUCUUUACAGAGAUCAGUUGAGGAACAAUCUUUUGGUGAAAAAUUAUUCUUUGACAGUGGAUAUGGAACACUUAAUUGGGUAUAAUGAAGAUGUCUAUAAGAGGCUGUCUGAUGAACCGUCCGAUGUGGUACCGUUGUUUGAAUCUGCCAUCACUCAAGUGGCCAAGAGAAUCGCGGUGUUGACGAAGACGUCACGUGACGCAGGUGUAGAUGAGGAAUUGACUGUGUUUCCCACAUUCCAGCUGGUGCUUAACUCAAGGGCUAAUGAGACUUUGCUGAGACAAUUGGACUCCGAUCACGUAUCGAAGAUGGUGCGAAUCUCUGGUAUUAUCAUUUCCGCCUCGGUGCUGUCGUCACGUGCAACUUUUCUAUCACUCAUGUGUCGUAAUUGUAGGCAUACUACAACACUACGAAUCAACAGCUUCAAUUCUAUCAGUGGGAAUUCGGUGUCUUUGCCGCACUCUUGUUUGUCUAAUUUAUCAUCUGGUACCAAUGAAAAUGGGUUGAUGGGAUCGACGGAUGAUGAAGGAAGGAAGAAUUGUGGACCGGAUCCUUAUAUUGUUGUGCAUGAGUCUUCUCAAUUCAUUGAUCAACAGUUUUUGAAAUUGCAAGAGAUUCCAGAGAUGGUACCAGUAGGUGAAAUGCCUCGUAAUAUAUUGAUGACAUGUGACAGAUACUUGACGAAUCGUGUUGUUCCAGGUACGAGAGUCACCAUCGUUGGUAUUUAUUCUAUUUACCAGUCAAAGAGGAAAAAUGCCCAGGGGUCUGGUGGCAUAGCUAUUAGAAAUCCAUACAUCAAGAUUCUCGGAAUCCAAACAAAUCUCGAAACUUCCGGGGUGUGGAACUCUAUGACAAGGUUUUCUGAAGAAGAGGAGGAAGAGUUUUUGCAAAUGAGUAGAAGACCAGAUCUGUAUGAACUAUUUGCAAAUUCCAUUGCACCAUCGAUUUUCGGCUCUAAGGAUAUCAAGAAAGCUAUAGUUUGCCUACUUAUGGGUGGUUCCAAGAAAUUAUUACCCGAUGGGAUGAGACUUAGAGGUGAUAUAAACGUCUUGUUGCUAGGUGAUCCAGGUACUGCCAAAUCUCAAUUGCUGAAAUUCGUUGAAAAAGUGUCGCCAAUUUCAGUGUACACUUCGGGUAAAGGUUCUUCCGCGGCAGGUUUAACCGCCAGUGUUCAAAGAGAUCCCAUGACUCGUGAGUUUUAUUUGGAAGGUGGUGCCAUGGUUCUAGCCGACGGUGGGGUGGUGUGUAUUGACGAAUUCGAUAAAAUGAGAGACGAAGAUCGUGUGGCGAUUCACGAAGCCAUGGAACAACAAACAAUCUCUAUUGCAAAGGCAGGUAUUACAACAGUUUUGAAUUCCAGGACGAGUGUUCUGGCUGCAGCUAACCCAAUUUACGGACGUUACGAUGACUUGAAAUCUCCGGGUGAAAAUAUCGAUUUCCAAACUACUAUCUUGUCUCGUUUCGAUAUGAUUUUCAUAGUUAAGGAUGACCACAAUGAGGAGAGAGAUAUCUCCAUUGCCAAUCACGUUAUGAAUAUUCAUACGGGUCGUACCACGCAAACUGAGGGAGAAUUGGAGAAUGCAGGUAUGGAAAUUAGUAUGGAAAAGAUGAGACGUUAUAUCACUUACUGUAGAUUGAAAUGUGCUCCAAGGUUAUCUGCGCAGGCAGCUGAGAAAUUAUCAUCACAAUUCGUCAGCAUCAGAAAACAACUUUUGAUCAAUGAAUUAGAAUCUACAGAAAGAUCAUCCAUCCCAAUUACUAUCCGUCAAUUGGAAGCCAUCAUACGUAUCACAGAAUCCCUUGCGAAGUUGGAACUAAGCCCAGUGGCCCAUGAGAGACAUGUCGACGAGGCUAUACGAUUGUUCCAGGCCUCGACGAUGGAUGCAGCUUCACAGGAUCCUAUCGGAGGUAUGAACGGAAACACAAAUAUCAUGGCUGAAAUACGUCGUAUCGAGCAAGAUUUGAAGAGAAGGUUGCCAAUAGGAUGGUCAACUUCCUAUCAAACGUUGAGAAGAGAAUUCGUAGAUACAAAUCGGUUCUCUCAAAACGCUUUGGAUAAAGCCAUUUACGCUCUGGAAAAACAUGAAACGAUUCAGCUACGUUAUCAAGGUCAAAAUAUUUAUAGAUGUGGCGUUUGA